AUGAAUAAUAAUAAUAAUAAUAUAAAGAUAUUAAGUAUUGAAAAGGAUGAACACUUGAACAGUGAAAAGAUUGUAAAUAGCGACGAUAAUAAAGAUAAAGAUAAAAAGGAAAAGAUAACUGUACACUAUGCAAACUACACAUCGGAGCAAUUGCUCAAAGAGUUGGAAGACUUGCGACAACAAGAACAAGAACUAGUAGAUAAACUCAAACCUUAUCAAGACCAAAUAGACAAGGAGAAACAAAAGAAUAAAGAUAUUCACCUCUUUCAUGAAUUGAGAGAAUCUUGUCAUAACAUUGUCAUGACUAUAGCACAUAUGGAGAAUGUAACACAAAAUGAAAUCUAUAAAUCGGUGAAUAUGCAAACCCUCGUGAAGGCUCGCACCUGUGACUCAUCGGGUCUGCAAAGAUUAGAAUAA